AUGGAAACCAACUCGAAUGCACCAGAACUCAGCCCCGAGUUCGAUUUUUGGGAGUUUGUAGCGUGCGCGAAAUGCUAUCUCCCCUUCAUUUCGCAUAGCGGGCCCUCGGUGCCUUUCUGGUUAACAGAGUGUGGGCACGUUGUUUGCAACAAUCAUCUCUGUUCCGAUCAGAGUUGCCCUCAAUGCAGGUCCCCGAAAAUCCAGCUGAUCCCCCUUCAGGCCGAUAUGGAAGCCCCGAUGGCUGACUGGUUUCGUGCCAUACCAAACUCACUGGAAACCAUUGCAUAUGCUUCCAAGUUUCAACAAGAAACGAUGGCCGCUCAGAUACGGCACCUUAAAUCAAAGGUGCUGCAAUACCGAGGGAUUGUGGAACAACUCAGGCGCGAGGUAGCUGAAUUGCAACGGGCCAAUCAGCAUUUGUCGCAGCAGGAUACUCUGGACUCUAUGCCCUCCCACCCAACGCAUGGCUACGAACCAUCAGGAUUGCAGAACAUCAACGGCAAACGCAGAAUGAUUGACCCUACACAGAAGCAACAAUCUGCAUCAAGUCCUCUCAUGGAGCCUCCCCCCGGACCGAACCGCUUGACUCUUCCCCAUCGCCGAGCGCCGACCCUAAGCACAAAUGGUGAAAGUCAUAGCUCCCCGUCUGCGCAACGAAGGCCUGGUACACGGUCUUUUACUAAGCAUUAUGCGUACGAUCCACCCUCCACAGGAAAAGGUCGUAGCCAGGAUCAGGCGCCCCCAGACUCAAAUAAUGGAGGUCACGAAUUCCAGGGUUUCCCUCAACAAGGGGGACAACGGUUCAAGGCGCUGAUUCCACCAUCAAGGAGACAGAGACCCGACGUACCUCAAGGUGCUCGUACACACGCACUCCAACCUGGUCCUGCGCCGAGGCUUAUGGGUCCUCCGCCUACUCCACGACAUCUUGACCGCACUGCAGGCUUGCGACCCCCUCCGUCGUCUCGUCGAAACAUCCCCGGAUUAUUCAAGCCUAGCGUGCCGCAGGACGAACAGCCUCAUCACUAUGGCCGCCCUACAAAUGCUCCUCAACGGUUCUUACCAGGCAGUGGAAAUUCAAGACCGCAACAAUCUGCAGAAAAUGGUCACAGUCAGGCAAAUGGAGCUUCGGAGACGAGAAUUCCGUUUAUGCCUGGAUCCCACGGAUCGUCUUUUGGCUAG